GUCCUAUUGGCUGCAGGUUUUCACCGAGGCUGUUCUUUUGGGCAAUCAACAUUGGAACAGAAGGAGCAUUUGUAGUAGCCCUAUUUUUUUUCCCCCCCAAAGCGAUUUACUGAAGACCUCAACGAUGAAAUUCGUGAGAUUUAUAAUGAAAAAUGCAACAUUGCCCAAUGUGCCUAAACAUAUAGAACAUUUUGCAAAAUUUUCGCCGUCACCGCUCUCUAUGAAACAAUUUCUCGAUUUUGGUUCCACCAAUGCAUGCGAGACGACAUCAUUUGUCUUUUUGAGACAAGAGCUACCUGUGCGACUAUCUAACAUCAUGAAGGAGAUCAAUUUGCUACCUGACCGAUUGCUUACAACCCCAUCCGUGCAGAUGGUGCAGAGCUGGUAUGUCCAGAGCUUGAUGGAAAUCCUGGCGUUCUUGGACAAGACUCCUGACAGCCACAGUGUCCUGGAUGAGUUUGUGGACACCCUGGUGAAUAUCAGGAACAGGCACAAUGAAGUAGUGCCCACCAUGGCACAGGGCGUCAUUGAGUACAAGUCGGUGUUCGGCCAGGACCCAGUCACCAACCAGAACAUUCAGUACUUCCUGGACCGUUUCUACAUGAGCCGUAUAUCUAUCCGCAUGCUUAUCAACCAGCACACUCUUGUCUUUGAUGGAGCAACGAAUCCACUUCACCCCAACACAAUAGGGAGCAUCGACCCUCACUGCGAUGUCACAGAGGUGGUCCGAGAUGCUUACCAGAGCGCCAAGUUGGUGUGUGAUCAGUACUAUCUGAGCUCGCCAGACCUGAUGCUCCAAGAAAUGAAUGUCAACAACCGGAAACAACCUAUAAGCAUUGUCUAUGUGCCCUCCCAUCUCUACCACAUGUUGUUUGAGCUUUUCAAGAAUGCUAUGAGGGCCACAAUUGAGAACCAUGAAUCCAGCAACAGGCUACCACCCAUUCAAGUCAUGGUGGCUAUUGGAGGAGAGGACCUGUCAAUCAAGGUGAGUGACAGGGGUGGCGGAGUCCCUUUCAGGAAGAUUGAGAAUCUUUUCAGCUACAUGUACUCUACGGCCCCCACGCCAGAGAGGGGUGAGCACUCUCAGACUCCAUUGGCUGGCUUUGGCUACGGCCUGCCCAUCUCCCGGCUCUACGCUCAGUACUUCCAGGGAGACCUGCAGCUCUACUCUAUGGAGGGUUAUGGCACUGACGCUGUCCUCCACAUGAAGGCCUUGUCCACAGACUCUGUGGAGAGGCUCCCGGUGUACAACAAGACAGCUCUGCGGAAUUACAAGGUUAGCCAGGAGGCAGACGACUGGUGUGUGCCCAGCAGAGAACCCCUGGACCUGACCGUUUACAGGGUAGCCAAAUGAGGAUAAUGUCGACGCCACCCUGGUUAGAUUGAGGCUCUGUAUGCCAACAGCCAAGGCAGACAGCCACCUAACCUCGCCCACAUAUGACUGGAUGUUGUUUUCCAUCCUGGUUUUGGCAUUGGCAUGUUUUCUUGUUCUCACAAUGAUGCCCUUCAUGGUUUUAUUUUAGCUUAGAUUAUAAAAACAUCAUCUUUGUUCACCUCCAUGAGUGGUUUUAUGGGAGUGCCAGAUGUUGAUAAUAAAAUAAAAAAAGUUGUCACACUUAAUUAUUCUCCCAAACAUUUAAUGCGCAUACAAACAUGGUUGCUUUACCCAUGAAAUGUUUGGGAGCAUAAGAAUGUGUCUCUUUCUUUUUCUAGUUUACUCUCCGUUAUAGUCAGCACUUCUAUUAAAAAACAUUUCUGGGUGUGUCAGUUUAUGCCUUUUACUAUCGCUCGAUGUUGAUGAAAUAAACAUGGGAGGGUGUGCAGGGUAGUGAGGUCCCAAUGUCAUACUUAAUUUUGGGGGGAGAGAUGUGGCAGGGUGGGUCUGAAGACUCAGAUACUGUGCGCAACGUUGUGUAGAGCAGCCACGCCUUUCUAUCAUGUCGACUAGGGAAUCACGGCAUCUCUACAUAAAAUUUUCUAUCUGCCACAUUCAGAAUGUUGCGUCCUUCUGAACCGGACCCAGGUUGAAAAGACAAUCCGACGUGUUGGUUGGACUCUCUGAGAGGAUCUUUAUGUACUGUAAACGGAAGUGAGGUGUUGUAGAACUCCUUAGAUGAACCAGUACUGUAGAAUAACUGAAUGUCCUGGCGGGCAUUAGACCUCCCUUGCUCUAAAAUCGCUGACUGUCAGAAAAUGCCACCUCAGCCUUAACUGCCUCAGUCAAGUUUUCUUUACUUGAAACAUGUACAUUAUUAACAAUGUAGUAUUCAAUCUUGGAGAAGGCUGCUUAUGACUUAUUUGAUUCUAAAAUAAUAUUAUGUACUGUUCUACCAUGUCUUGAUGUCUAUAUAUUGAUUUCAAGUACAUUUUCUCUUGCCAGUUCAAUGGACAGAAUUCAACUAACAAAAAUUAGUUGGUCUGUUCAGUGUUGCGACUUUCUGUAUUCCUGUGAACUCAAGCUCUAGAGCAAUACAUUGUGGAAACAAUUUUACCCAAGUUCAUUUGCAGUAAGACAGUGAUAUACUUUGUGAUAGGAAGCCAGUGUUCAUCUUUUACGCACCGGUGUUCUAUUGCCCAGUUCUUAUUGUCUGUGACCCUUAAGGCUAGGCCAGUCACAUAGGAAUAUUUGAUGCUGUGUAUGUGAUGGGAAGAUGCUCCCAGCCUAUCCGCUUUUAUCAAUUCCCUUUUAUUUUGUAAUAUACAUAUAAUAUACAUUUCUUCAGUUAUUUUAAGUUUUUUUUUUAAAUAUUUUUUUCAUUGACAUUGUAAAUAUGUGGUAUUAUUAAACUUAUUUCAAUGACAAA